AUGCAAGCAGAGGUUACUUUCUGCGAUGCUAAAGAAAGAUCUUGUUCUUGUUCCAAUUCAAAUUCAUUGGCCACACUUGCAAGUUGUUUAUAUGCUGUGGGUCAUACAUCAAAGAAAAGUUGGUCUCCUUUAGUUGAUUAUUGUUCUCGAUAUCAAGUGACAUUGGAUGAUAACUGGUUUGAUACUGCUCUUGCAAACUAUAAAAAGAAUGCUAAAUCUGCCAGUGAGAUUGAAAACUUCAAUGUAUCAGAACCAAUUGAUGUCCCAUUUAUUUUGAACACAACUAAUAUGAAAAUAUAUCAGGAGUCAUAUGGGAAAUUUUAUGACAAUUUGUAUGACUCGAUCUAUUACGGUGCAGGGUUUUUGGGAUACUGGUUGUUGGUGUUGCUUUUGGGGGCAAUUUUAAACUGGACAAAGUUUUUAUUCCCAGGAUUUACAAAGAAAAUGACUAAUCCAGCUAUCAACUUUUGGAGAACCAAUGUAUCAAUUCCAGCUACAUUUGGUAAAAAAAAGUCACAAGAACAGCAAUUUUUAAAAGUGUUUAGCUUUUUGAUCCCCUCUAGAUUUGAAUCGUUGGUGAUUUUCUUGUUUUAUUGUGUGGUGAUUUGGCUCAACUCAAUGAGUUUGAGAGCUAUUAAAGAGGAUGUAUACUUUGGCUCCAAGUAUCAGG